UUGUGAGGACCACUGGCGGUGUAACGCUCACUUACAGGGACAUUGAUCCACUGGGUCGACAUAUUUCUCUUCUCAGACAUCUCGCAGCUCGGCUUUUCUCCCUCCCUCUCUCCUCUCUACGCCAGUCGUACGUCAGACAUGACGACCGAGACCCCUCAGCAGCAGCUGGACCCUCCGCCUCCUCUGAGAUCCAGCCCGGCGUCCGGCGUCCUGCACCCCGCCAUGCUGAGCCCACAAGCCGCCACAGAAAGUUCGUCCACCGCCGUCAAAGGAAAAAAGACGAGCUCCGGUUUAAGGCGACCGGAAAAGCCGCCGUACUCCUACAUUGCUCUCAUCGUUAUGGCCAUUCAGAGCUCCCCCACCAAACGACUGACACUCAGUGAGAUCUACCAGUUUCUCCAGGCUCGCUUCCCUUUCUUCAGGGGCUCAUAUCAGGGCUGGAAGAACUCAGUGCGACAUAAUCUUUCGCUCAACGAGUGCUUCAUCAAGCUGCCCAAAGGGCUGGGCAGGCCGGGGAAAGGCCACUACUGGACCAUCGACCCGGGCAGCGAGUUCAUGUUCGAGGAGGGCUCAUUUCGUCGCAGACCCAGAGGCUUCAGAAGAAAAUGUCAAGCCCUGAAGCCCAUGUACCGGAUGAUGAACGGGAUAGGCUUCGGCACAUCCAUUCUCCCGCAGAGUUUUGAUUUCCAGGCUCCAUCCGCGACCCUCGCCUGUCACAGCAACAGCUACAACUUGGACAUGAUGAGCAAUUCAAUGGCCGGGGGGUACGACGGGCUCAGCGGCGGCCACCACGUACCCCACAUGUCCCCGAGCCCCGGCUCCACGUACAUGGCGAGCUGUCCCGUGCCGCCUAACGGGGAAUACGGACCGGACAGCAGCAGCAGCCCCGUACCGUCCUCUCCAGCCAUGGCCAGCGCGCUGGACGGCCACUCCCCGUACGCCAGUACAUCCGCACACUGGGCGUCCUCCGGCGGGUCCCCAUACAUCAAGCAGCAGCCUCUAGCCUCCAGCAGCCCCGCAUCCUCCGGUUUACACUCCGGCAUGUCGCCUUACUCCCUGGAGCAGAGUUAUCUUCACCAGAACGGCAGGGACAGCCACUCCACCGACAUAUCAGUGGGGAUUCCGCGUUAUCAGAGCCACUCCUCGGUGUGCGACAGGAAAGAUUUUGUGUUGAACUUUAACGGCAUCUCCUCCUUCCACCCCUCGGCUGGCGGAUCCUACUAUCACCAUCACCACCAUCACCAUCCCCAGAGCGUGUGUCAGGACAUCAAACCCUGCGUGAUGUGAGCUCUGAUCUCACUGUGGACUUCAAACUCGACGACGGCCACAGUGAGACUGCAGGUCCGUCACAUCACAUCAGAACAAAG